UUUCUCUAUGAUCAAAUUUGUAAACAUUGUAAAUGUAAACAAAAAAACUAUCUAAAAUCCACGAAAGAAUAAUUUUAUUAAAAAUACUAGUACUUAAUUACUGAGUUUUAUAAGUUUAGAUAAGAACAGCAUUAAAAUAUUUAGUAUUCAAACGGAUUUUGCAACUUAUCAUUGCCUGCCCAACCGGCACAAUUUUUUUAGUGUAUACUGUAUAGUAAUUCUUCAAUGUAAUAUUUUGUUUUCUCACAGAAAACUUAAAAAAACUAUAAAUAUGGACUAAUAAAGUGAUACACUUAUCAACUGUGUUUGAUAGUUGCUAUACUUCUUCCUAAACAAUUAAAGAUUUGCCUAUUGCGGCUUAAAGAGAUCCAAAUUAAAAAAAAAUGGAUGUUAAUAAAAGCGGAGAAGGAUUUGAAAUUGGUCAAGAUAUAUGUAGAUUAUGUUUAGCAAGGGAUACACGUACUUUGUCAAUCAUAAACACAGUGUUACAGAAUGUUUAUGAGAAGAUUGCUGAUGUUAAACUGAACUCAAUACCUAAACUACAAUUAGUCUGUUACAUCUGUCACGCAAGGCUUAGACAAUGUUACAACUUGAUACAACAAGCUGUACUGACUGAGAAACUGUUGAAAGAUGCUGCGGUACAUGGUAUUCAGCUAAACAGCAUAACUAAAAGUCAGAAAUGCCUAACCACAUCCUCUGUGAUCAGCAUAAGCCUAGACCCGAGUGUAGCGAUAGAAAUAAAACAGGAAGAAAAAGAAGAUUAUCUCAAAAUAGAAGAUAUUAAGAAUGAACAGGAUUUUAAUGUUCUAGAACAAGAUGGCAAUUCGGAAUCAGAUACGGAAAAUAAAUCAGAUUUGGAAACUCGAAACAAUGAAUCUCAAACUGAUUCCGAAGAUGAUAUACCACUUCGAAGUAUACGGUUGAAAGUGAAAAAGAAGAUCAAAAUAAACAGGGACAGAAUCAAGAAAACGAAAAAUACUACAAUUGAAAAGUUAGAAGCCAAAGAGCUACUGCUAGAUGAGAAACAGCAAAUGGCGGAACUUCUAGAACGUUCCAAAUCACUCAACUACCUCAACUCUCCGUACAAAUGUGAUCUAUGCUACAGAGGCUUUCGAGACCCCAGCGCGUACAGCAAACACAAGGAUAAACACGACUUGAAAAGCGGUCGGCUCGAAUGUAAAAUCUGUCACCUACGAUACAACACCAAACAGUCAUUGAACUCUCACACCGCAGCGGCGCAUUCCAGACGAUUCAUAUGCACUAUGUGUUCACACAUCAGCCUUACCAAGAAUCAAGCUGUGGUCCACGAGAGAUGGCAUAACGGCCAUCAAUAUCCUUGCAAGCUGUGUGAUAAACGAUUCAUUAAACCGACCAGUUAUCUCUCGCACAUGCGCAAAGCGCACUCUAACUUAAGUGAGCACGUGUGCCACAAAUGCGGGGAAAGUUUCGCGGGCAGGCACGGUCUACUUAUGCACAUGAGCAAGUCACACAAACACGACGAUACGGAAUCAGAAAUCGUCCUGGAUCCUACAUCUAACAGUUACUGCAAGGAGUGUGGCAUCCAGUUUCUAACACUGGAUGCAUACAAUCUACAUCUACUGUCUUCACAGAAACAUAAACACGCAGUUUGGAAGGAAAACGGGUCAAAAUGUAUAAUAUGCAAUACUUCAAUCAGUUCAUACGAUCAUGAGAAGCAUGCACGCAUGCACCUUAAGGAGUUAAAGUCCAAAGUGACGGAGGACGUUGAAGCCACACCGCCCACCGUGCAAAUACCUUGCACCCAGUGCAACAAGACCUUUACAAGUAGAUCCAAACUGCAUAUGCAUGUCAAACGCAUGCAUUUAGGACAGAGGUACAACAGGAACGUCGUCUGUGAAGUAUGCGGAAAGCAUUGUACGUCCAACGCGACGCUCCGCUACCACCAACGCUUGCACACGGGCGAGAAGCCCUAUUCUUGCUCUCUGUGUGUGGCGCGCUUUACUAGCCGCGAGCACUGGCGGCUGCACCAGCGCGUCCACUCCGGGGAGCGCCCCUACAGCUGCGGCGUUUGUGGACACCGCUUCGCGCAGAAGCCUGCCCUCAACAGACACUACAUAGUACACACGGGGGCGAAGCCCUACGAAUGCCACCUGUGCAACAAAACGUUCACACAAUCCGCGUCCAUGAAGAAACACAUACAGAGGGUGCAUCUUCGACAGCCGCCGAAUAGGAAGAAAGAUGGCGACCAACACAUUGAAAAAACUAAUUUAGCAGCUUUAUAAUAAAGUAAUAAUAUUAAUAUUU